AAGCCGAGGAAAACAAUGAAAAUCUAUGAUUCAUUACUUUUCAGAAACAAGUCUUUAUUAUAAAAUGUGUUGUCAUAUUAAUCAGUAUGUAAUUAUUCUACAGAGAUUUCAGUUGCUUUGUUAAAUAUCCAGUGUUCUGAAAAUUUUUAUUGUGUGAGUGAUUUUUAUAAAAUAGAAUAAUUAGUCAGUGAGGAAAUUAUUAAAUAGUUUUUUCUUUUUUUUGAAAGUAAAAAAUGUCUCCAAGACUAGAAAUUACCCAGGAUAUGAGGAUAAAAAUUUGUGCUCUACGAGAUGAAGGAUUUCCUUUUAGUGCAAUUGCCAAUAAAUUUAAUAUUUCUAAAAACGGUGUAAAAUACACGAUAGACAGAUUUAAUGAAUCUGGUGAAUAUGUAAACAGGAUCGGCAGAGGGAGAAAACGUUGUACAAGUGACGCAGAUGAUAAGAAUAUUAUCCUCAUGAGCAAAAGAAAUCGCAAGAUGACAGCUCCUGAUAUUCGCGAAGCUUUUAAUUCUUCUCAUUCUGGUUCUCCCGUGAGUGUUACAACUAUAAAAGAUCGUUUGAAUAAUUACGGUCUUUUUGUCGAAUUGCUGCAAAAAAGCCUCUUUUGCGAUUAAUGAAUAAAAAAACGUUUUCAGUGGGCAAAGAAAUACGUUUCCUGGACUGAUGAAGACUGGAGGAAAGUUUUAUUCACUGAUGAAUCAAAAUUUGAACUUUUUGGUGGAGGCAAAAGAAGACAUUAUGUUCGCAGGAUGCAAGGCGAGAGAAUGUUAUCUCAGUGUGUUGUUCCAACGGUUAAGCAUGGUGGGGGAAGUGUUAUGGUUUGGGGUUGUUUUGCAAAUGGUCAAACUGGAAGUUUGAAAAAAGUGGAAGGCAUUUUAAAGAAGUAGGGGUAUUAGACGGAGAGCUGGCUACAUAAAAAUGCAUGUUAUAAGGUACAUGAAAAAUUAAUAUUUAGAUAGGUUCCAUUUGAGUACCUGAGUACCGAAUGCGAAGUCUGCCUGCGCGUUCUGGAAGAUUAAGCCCGCGAAUUGACGGUCGAAAAUGAUAAAUUUGAUAAGGAAAACAUGUGAUAAAGGUCAUGGAUAAAAGUUAUAAAAUUUAAAAGUAUUUAUCACCAGUAAGCUUAUAAAAUUUUGGCAGACAAUUUUUUGGACGACAAAGUAUUGGCAGACAGUGUCAAACUUGCGUAAUCCGUAGUGAAAAAAUGAUCAGAAGAGUCAUGGCUAAAAAUUAAUGGAAAUAGUUAAUGAACUCUUAUGGAAGCUAUAUGUCAAGUGGCAGACAAAAAUUCGGAUGAUAACAUCGAGGCAGACAACGAUAAAAAGCGCGGUUCCCAUGCGAUUUCGCUGAUUUCGCGCUAUUUGCACUAAAUAGUUAAUUUUUGAAAAAUGUGAAAUUUUUUUGGGCUACAUUAAUUUUUAAACAUAAUUUAAUGAUUUUAUAAACUUUUG